AGCAAAGAAAAAUGAGCUUUCUUAAACAAAUCAUGUGCAGAGGGACAGGCUGCCAGUGCUCAGGCAAUCCUCAGCGGUGGCUCUGCUCUCUUCCCUGCUGGCCAUGAUGCAGGAAGAAACUGGAGUCCUGAAGGAGGGCUUCCUUGUCAAACGGGGGCAUGUUGUUCGUAACUGGAAAGUGAGAUGGUUUGUUCUGCUUCAGGAUAAGCUGCUGUAUUACAAAAUUGAAGGAGGCAAGAAGGAGCCUUCUCCAAAGGGCAGGAUCCUUUUGGAUGGCUGCACUAUUACCUGUCCAUGCCUGGAAUAUGAGAACAGACCGCUACUAAUCAAACUAAAGACAAAAACCAAUACAGACUAUUUCCUUGAAUGUUGCUCCAGGGAGGAGCGUGACUCCUGGGCUUUGGACAUCACUGGAGCUAUUCAUGCUGGUCACCCAGUACAGGUACAAGAACUUCACAGAAUGAAGAACUCUUUCAAACUGCUAGAUAAUAUCAGCCUCCAUGACAUAGUGGAGAGAAUGUAUGACAGCAAUACUGGAAUUAAACUGACCCGCAACUUGGAUCAAGGCAACAGAUAUAAAGAGACCUUCACAGGUUCUGCCCUGGUAGACUGGCUCAUUUCCAAUAGCUUUGCUGUGUCACGAUUCGAGGCUGUCACCUUGGCAUCCAUGCUGAUGGAUGAGAACUUCAUCAGGCCUGUGGGAACCCGCAGCACUGAGGCCAUGCGCUUCAGCGACCCCUCUGAGAAAUUCCUUGAUGACUCCACCGCACUGUACAUGUUUGCUGAGAACAGUAAGAAAAGUACCAGUUCCAAGGAAGAGGUACAAUUUAACAUCUCUGAAUUAAGCGGCACAAUUGUGAAGCAAGGAUUCUUAGUGAAACAGGGGCACAAGAGGAAAAACUGGAAGGUGAGGAGAUUUGUUUUGAGAGCCGAUCCUGCUUUUUUGCACUACUAUGACCCCACUAAGGAAGAAAACAAGCCAGUCGGUGGAUUCUCCCUCCGAGGCUGUCUUGUCUCAGCUCUAGAGGACAACGGAGUCCCAGCAGGAGUGAAGGGCAAUGUGCAAGGCAAUCUCUUCAAAAUCAUCACCAAAAAUGACAUUCAUUAUUAUAUCCAGGCCAGCUCCAAGGCUGAGCGAGUGCAGUGGAUUGAGGCAAUCAAACCACUGACAUGAGUAACGUGGACUCCAUGCCAAAUGACAAAUCACAUUUGUGACCAAGUUUUCUGCUCUCAUUUUCUGGGAGUAUUGUUAUCACCUUGAUAGUCUAUUUCUGUUAUUUGAAUUAUCAUAACACUUAGCAAUUCCUGGUAGACCAGCAUCCUAGGUGUCUUAAAGUCAUAUAGACCGAGAAUAAUUCUCCACCAAGAAUUUACCGUCUAACGAAGAGACAAAAGACAAUAGGUGGAUACAGACAAAUGGGGCUUUACAAUGAAAUGAUGAGAUACAAUAUUCCAAGAUAGAAGAAAAGAAUCUUUUGUACAAGUAUUCAGUUUAUACCUGACAGAUCCACAUUGUGCUUUAUCUUAAAGCAGAAAUAUCUUGCUCAUUUCCCCUCUAUAAAGGGGCUCAUAAAUUAAUUAGUUAAGACUGAAACAUCAAAGUCAUGAAAGGUGCUGAUGUCUGAGGCUGCCUUUCUUGGUAUACCACACGAAUCUUGUGCUAAGCCACAAUCCAGCUGCCAGGAUAAUCAGUACUGCAAAACAAACAAGGGAUCUGUCUGUCCAUCCAUCUGCUUUACUGUUUGGCUCUCUGUUAGACUUGAAAAAACCCAAAGCAUCUUCCUCUCCACUGUAUAGAUUGCUCUUGUGCUGCUAAUGAUACCAGAGCAGUACAAGAUCCUGAGUAUCAAAUCAGACCAGUAGCAGUUCCAGACAAUUGCUGGUACUGAAUAUAUUGGAAGAAAUCACUUAGCUAUAAAAGCGAGACUUUUCCUUUGAUUAUCAUCAUAAGUUCAUUUAUGUUGGAGAACCAUUUGGACUGAGAAUUACAGUACCAGAUAUGGCUAUUGCUUUUUCUAUCUUAGGUCAUUAGUUCUUCCAGUAUUUGUCUACUAAACUUGUCUUUGAUAUCAUUAAAUAUUAAAAAAAACCCCAAACCCCAAAACCAGUGCAUUUGAAUAUCCUGUGCUCUUUAGAGACAUGAUUUUUCUCAGAGGGCAGUUUGAAUAUAUGAAAAAUAAUGGUUUCAUUCACUGUAAUUUUAGAUUUAUACAUAAACUGAGACACCAGAGGGUAAAAUGGUAUGUAGGAAAUUAUUAAAACACCUGAUAUACUAUUUUCAUAAAAUUCCUAGUUUUAUCUUAGUACCUGUAUCUGACAGCCAAACUCUUCAGAGCCUUCAAAAGCCCUCUGAAGGCAACAUGCUAUAUCUUCCCUGAAGUCACAGAGGAAUUUGAUAGCUCUCUGUCCACAGUUCCAUCUCUUUGCAGAUUUUAUGUUCUCCAAGUUGUGUACUAAAAAAAAGUCUCAUCACCAAAGGUAGCAUAUGAUAUAUGCUUAUAUAUUUAUUAGAAUAGCCAUGUAUGUAGGACUUUCUUCAAAAGCUACAGCAAUAAAAUAACUGCACAAUGCUUACAUGUGUUCAAAUAUUUAACAGAGUUUAUUUAAAGAAGUUUGCCAGCAAAGAUGCAGUUUUAAUUAGAUACAA